AUGGCAUACAGGAAAGUUUGUGACGCCCAGGGUGGCCCACUGGUCGGUGAGGUUCUGCACUGCUCUGGAAGUCUGGAUCUGGACUGGGACCUGGACAAGGAGGAGCUGCAAGAACCAGGACCCAGCAUGGACCGCGUGCAAAUGCAACACGUAGAGUGCCAGAGAUCAGGGUGUUCUGACCCUGGCACUGACCCUGACCCUGAGCUGAUGGACCCCAUCCAGCCAUCUGUCUCAGUUUCACCACAUGGACGUUUUGAACGGCUUCAGGAAGAUCCAAACUACAUCUCCCACUUCACCAGGGCUCCGGGCCAUAAAGGCCAGCGACGACUCCACUGCUUCUUGCUCAGGUACUUCCUGGCAGGAGUGGGGCUUUUUGUCCUGGGGCUACUGAUUGGCUGGUUUGCUCACACGCCCACUGUUAAACCACCUGUUCCCCCAUCAGACAGCUCAGAUCUACUGGAAGAACUGCUGAGAGGAAUCACAGCGGACAAGAUAGAUGCUCUUCAGAGGUCUUUCUCCAGCCUAUCAGAUGACAGCGAGGAAGCCAGGGCCAGGUACCUCUACAGGCAGUGGGUGGGACUUGGUUUGACGGAUGUCCAACUGUCCAAUCACACAGCGCUGCUCAUCCUACCUGGCUCCACGCCCAACACCAUCACUGACAAGUCUAGCCGCCAGUGUUUCCUGCCCAACGGGACCCCGUGUGACCAGCGAGGGCCCAACGACCUGCCCAAGCAGCAGUUCUCCUACGCCGCCUACUCUGCUGUGGGAAGUCUGCAGGGGGAGCUUGUAGAUGUCCAGUACGCCAGCGUGGACGACCUGAGGAGAGCCAGAGAAACCCUGAACCUCACCAACCAGAUUGCCGUGGUCAAGCUUGGUCAAGCUCCCCUGCUGUACAAGUUAUCCCUGCUGUCUGAGCUGGGCUUUGGAGGUGCUCUGCUGUACAUUGACCCCUGCGAUGCCCCCCCUGGCCGCCACAUCUGGCAUCAAGCCUUCAGAGUCACUCUCAACCCUGGAGGAAACCCUGCCAAUGUUGGAGCUGGAGGGAGUCUGACAUCUCUGUUGGUUCAGCCCAUUUCUGCCUUCCUGGCCAAGACGUUACUAUCCUCUUCAUCCACAGGCCAGGGAGCCUCUUGCACUCCUCUGGCCAUGCCUCCAAAUGCAGAACGCAAAAAGAUAACUCUGACUGUCGGGAGCCAGGUGUCCUACAAGAAAAUCUACAAUGUCGUUGGAUACCUGAAAGGAAAAAGGAACCCAGAUCGCUAUGUGUUGGUUGGCAGUCGUCAUGACAGCGACCAGGGAGGCGGGACGUCAGCCAUUAUGAAUCAGCUCAUCGCAGCGCUGACCGAACAGACCAAACGAGGAUGGGUGCCAGAUCGUACCACUGUGUUUUGCUCGUGGGGAGGCUCAGCCCUGGGGAACAUCGGGUCCUACGAGUGGGGAAAGGAUAACAGUGUUGUCCUACAGAGCAGUGCAGUGGCUUAUGUCAGUCUGAACUCUCCAGUUCGAGGGACAGAGACUCUCAGAGCUACAGCUUCCCCAACUCUACUGCAACUCACAUCAGAUAUCCAGAGAAGACAGUUGCUGAGCUGCAUCCGUGGUGGGAACUGCCCUGGACCCAACGUCACUUCUCUCCAGUUACCUGGAGAUGUGAGUUUCUUUGCCAACCAGCUGGCUGUGCCCACCUUGGAGUUUGCCUUUGAGCAGACCAGAGCAGAAGAGACUGAAACUACCAGUUUCCUGUCAGAGGCUCAGUUUUCUGCUGAGUCACCAGAGACCCUGGACCCACUCUUCAAGUUCCAUGAGACCAUUGCCAAGAUGACAGCAGAAGCCAUUCUCCGCCUGGUCAAUGAUCCUGUGCUGCCAUUCUACCCACUGGACAUCGCCCUGGAUGUACAAAACAAGCUCAAAGACAAGAGCGCCGUGUCUCCAGCCUUGCUGUCCUCAGCCUCCUCUCUGAGAGACCACGCAGCUUUCUUCCAGUCAGAAACCAUGCGGCCAGCCAACGACCCCAAAGAGCGAGACCCCUCCCACGUACGGAUGCUGAAUGAUGUUCUCCGUGACCUGGAGAAGAGCUUCAUCAUCCCACAUCCUCCACCUGGAGUGUACAGAAACCUGUUAUACAGCCUUCCAGGAAAGACCCCCCACUUUUCCAUCUUCAGGUUCUCACAGGAAGCCCUCCUGCGUUGCAAAGUCAGCAGCAAAGCAGCCAAACGUAUCUCUGCGUACCAGGAGGAGUUUUGCCACAGCACCGUGAACCAGUCCCUGUCUCUCAUCCUCCGGGCCAUCCGCUCAGCUGAGAGGCUGGUGUGUUUUGGCAUGGACUUGUUUGAGAAUUACCCGAAUGACACAAUGUGA